UAGAAAGCCGCACUGCUAGGUGAGAGCACAGGGCAGCCAGCAUGGUGGAGACGUCCCCUCAGCCCUUUUCAUGAGGGACAUGCAAGUGAAAAAAGACGAAGGAUCUAAAGCAAAUCACAGAGGAGAAACAGCAGCUAGCAAUAGCAGUCAAAGGGGAGGGGGAGUGAGGUGUCAAGUCCCUCUGUGGCAGAAAAGGAGAUAUUAGACGAUACAAGGAGCUACAAACAGAUUGCCAGCAGCAGAUCUGUCUUUCCCUGGGCACGUUGCUCCCUCUCUGAGCUCCUGUUCUGCAUUUGGAUGCCAUGGGGAACAGUUUGUCCAGCAGCAUCCCUACAAUUCCCAGAGGAAGCCAGACCAGACUCCACAGGGUCCAUCAGCCGCACCACCUUAAAGAUUCUAUAGGUGGGACAUUUCCAGCCUCCUCUCACCGAUGUCAUCACAAGCAGAAGCACUGCAUGCCCAUGCCACAAUGUGGGGGAUUAGUAAUCAGCCCCCUCCUUUUCCAUCCCCAUGCCAAGGGAUCCCAAAUCAUGAUGGAUACCACCCAGAAAGCAGUAAAGAGGCAGGCUAGUUUCUGUAAUGCCAUCACCUUCAGCAACAGAGCAGUGGUCAUACAUGAACAAGUGCGGCUUAAGAUCACAAAGAAGCAAUGUUGCUGGAGUGGAGCUCUCAGACUUGGAUUUACAUCCAAAGAUCCUUCAAGGAUUAACCCUGAUACAUUACCCAAAUAUGCUUGUCCCGACCUUGUGUCUCAGAGUGGGUUUUGGGCCAAGGCAUUACCAGAAGAAUUUGCAAAUGAAGGAAACAUCAUAGCUUUCUGGGUGGAUAAGAAGGGCCGAGUAUUUUACAGGGUCAAUGAUUCUGGUGCAAUGUUAUUCUUCAGUGGAGUAAGGACCACAGAACCACUCUGGGCCUUGAUCGAUGUUUAUGGGUUGACAAGAGGUGUAGAGUUACUAGACAGUGACAUCAUCCCACCUGACUGUGUCCGGCCAAGGUCUUUUACUGCCAUCCCCCGCCCAUCCCUACGAAGAGAAACAGAAGACAGUCGUCUGUCCAUCAGCUUGUGUGACCUGAAUUUGCAGGAAGAAAACUUUCAGUCCAUGACAGCGAUGUGCCCUAUACCACAGAACUCUCUCAACUCACAGCAUUCCCACUUACUUCCAUCACAGCUGGAGAAUGAUCUCCGCUUUCAUCCGCUCCGAGGGGCCCAUAUCAAGACUUUAGAUGACCAGACCGUGGCCAGGCUGGAGCACGCCCGAGAGGAACGGACUUUAGUGUUCACCAAUAGAUCACUUAGAAUAAAGGAAACCAUCUUUGUCAAGAUAAACAAAUCAAAUUCAUCAAGGUCCGGUAAUCUGUCUUAUGGGGUGACGUCGUGUGAUCCCAGCACAUUGAGACCAAGUGACCUUCCCUAUAAUCCAGAGUCAUUGGUCGACAGAAAGGAGUUCUGGGCCGUCUGUCGAGUGCUGGUUCCUCUUCAGAGCGGGGACAUCUUGGGGUUUGUGAUAAACACAGAAGGAGAAUUACAUUUGAGUCAUAAUGGUGUCAGUACUGGAAUGCAGGUCUGUGUGGACUGCUCACAGCCUUUGUGGAUGUUCUUUGGUCUACAUGGAGCCAUCAUGCAGAUACGCAUACUGGGAUCCACACUAGCAACUGAUCUCAGAGAGCCAUCAACUCCAAGCUCUCCAACAUCAGUACCAAACAGCCCAACAGCCCUGUUCAGUGGCAGCUCCGAUCUGGUGCUAAACACUAGUGGCCCGGGAGGCCUGUGUAACUCUAUAAAUGGAACAGCUCCAAACUCCCCAGUAAGCAUGCCCGAGUCACCGAUCUCACCAUCUGUCUCAGGAUCCUGGAGCGAUGAGUGUACCAUCUGCUAUGAAAACCUGGUGGACACGGUCAUCUACUCUUGUGGACAUAUGUGUUUGUGCUACACAUGUGGCCUGAAACUUAAGAAGAUGAACAAUGCCUGUUGUCCUAUCUGCAGACGUAUCAUCAAAGACAUCAUUAAGACAUAUCGCAGCAGUUAGGGCAAUCAAGAAGCUGUUUUCAUCUAAAGCAACCUUUUACAAUUUUUUAAGAUAAUCUUGAAGAAUUCAAAUGGACUUAAAUCUGACAGUGUCCAUAAUGUUUCAAACACUAAAGUCAGCGAUUCUGGAAAACAAGAUAUCAGGGAAGCAUAGUCUUGUGGUCAUCCAUCAUUCUUUUGAAUACUUUGUAUGGAAGUUUGAUACGGAUCACUGGAGCUUUUGGAUUUUUUCAUAAUCUGAAUUUAGAUCUGGCAAUCAUAUUGAAAGAAGUUGGAGAUCCAGUUGGAGGCCAAUUAUUAUAACCAAGAAUAUUAAGCAAUACCACCAGACGUUCUCAAAAGUUUGUCAGAAGAGACGAUGAUCUUUUCAUGGUGUGUAGGUGUAGAUAAUGGAAACUUUUUGUGUUGAAAAUUACCGCGUAGCGAGGUUUGAGCCAUAGUGGGUAUACCAAUGUUUUUGAUGUCAACAAAAAUUAAUAGUGGUACAUAUUUAGAUUAAAUAUGUGAUAGCUUUGGUCCAUUACAAAGUGUAUUGUGCUGCUCUUGUAACUUGUACAAUCCAUUUUCAUAAACAGCAAAAGGUAGAUGAACAAUAGGGUAAUUGUGACUAAACAAAUGUUUGCUGCCCCACUUCACCAAGUUACUUAUCAUCCCUGAAGUGCUGAUGUUUUUCCUAAUCUAACCAAACAAUUGGGGAACUCAAAGGGGUUUUCCAAGAGUUAAACAUUAAAGACCUCUUCCCUGUGUAGGCCAUCAACGUCCGAUCGGUUCUGGCUCUGACUCCUUUUACCAGGGCCGAUCCACUGUUUAAACAAACGAAUGCACUCAGACAAGUUCUGUAAGCUGUUCAUAGUAUACCAAGAACAGCACCGUCCAUUGUAUAGUGGCAAUGGUUGGUAAUGUAGCUCAGUCUCAUUCACUUGAAUGGGACCGAGGUGCAGUAAGGUCAUGUGACCAAUGAAUGUGACAAUCAAUGCCCCUGCCAACAGCAGAUUGGGGAUGGUGCCAGGAGUUGGAACCUCACCAAUCUGAUAUUGAUGACCUAUCCUUAGGAUACAGUAGCACAUCGAUAUUUAUUUCCCGGACAACCCCUUUAAUACAAAAUAGAAAUCAGAAAAACAAGCUACUUUUCCCAAAAAAUUACAUUGACCAAAUCAUUUUAAUUAGUAACUGUUUUAGUUGCUGUAUGAGGAUGGCGGAUGGAGUCUUUUUUAAAUUUUUUGUACUUUCUAGUUUUUUUGGGGGUUUUGUACUACAGAAGAUGUGAUUAUGUGACAAAAACGUAGUCAGUAAUUGAUAGGCCAGAUGUAUGCUGAUACAAAGAUCUGCUCACCUGUGGAUGUAUAGUUUAUAAUAUAUUUUUUGAGUUGGCACUGUGUAGGAAUUUAUGAAUUUAUGUAUGACUAAGUAACUCAGCCUGGAAGUUGGGCAGGUGUCAAGUACACAUUUUCAAAAAGUUCCUCUUUAUGUCACAUAUAAACUCACCUAAAGAAUUAUUAGGAACACCAUACUAAUACGGUGUUGGACCCCCUUUUGCCUUCAGAACUGCCUUAAUUCUACGUGGCAUUGAUUCAACAAGGUGCUGAUAUCAUUCUUUAGA